AUCCCACAACAUGGCUGUGUUGGGCCAACCAUUCCCUGGGGUGCUUCAGGCCCAGCGCUGCCAGUGGGUGAGUGUAGUUGUUGUCCCACUGCUCUACCUGGUACGACCCCAACUCAAGCACUGAGUUCAGGUUGUGCGCCACAAGAUGCACCAGUGCAUGAUGGGAUGAACACAGAACAGACUUGGACCUGUCAUCACUUUCCUCACAGUCGCAUUCUUCCUGUGGUUCAUGUGGCCUACACCUGUGAUAUACUGGCAGCAAGGCAUGAGAGGCUCCCAGGUUCAAAGCAAAGGCUCAUACCUUUGUUCCUGCCUCAACACCAAAGGAUUCUUCAGUUGGAACUGGUAACAGCCUGGAGUAAGGGCCUCCCAGCUCUAGCUGGUAUAUGGCAAGUCAGGGCCAGAAUUCCAGAAAAACGACUACAGAUGAUGGUGGUCCUUUUCAGACAUAAACAACUAAAGGAAGAUAAUUACUGUUUGUUUUCAGGACAAAUACAGUUUCUUCCAAGAGCUACCUGUGGCCAGAAAUCACAACAUACAUCCCAUGUGAGGAGCUAUGGUCACUGUGAGCAGGCAGCAGUAGGGAUGUGUCAGAUAAUCCAGCAUCCCAUUGAACAGCUGUGCUUUGGGACACCUUGGCACACGAGGCAACAAGAAAGAGACAGCAGCUAUUACGACCAGGCUUCAUCACUCCAGUUCUGAAACCAUCUUCAGCAGCAUUUCAGAGACGAAUGGCCUUGUCAGUUCAUAUUUUAGGAAACCACGUGGCAGGUUCAUAUAAAUAGGUAGAGCUGCUUCAAGCAAUAAGGAUUUCCUUCAUCCGUCACUUAGAAGUUGCAAAGACUGAUCUGAAGGCCGCAGAAAGGAAGAGGAUGCAAUUUUGUUGUAAAGAGACCACAGGAAGAAAAAUGUUCAGACUAAAAAUUCAGAUUGAGAUUUUGAUCACCUGACAGAUGAAUGUGAAGCUAGUGGCAGCUAGUGUUUCAUGUAAAUGUUGUUCGUGAUUUUCAAUGUUCAAUCUCUGAAAUGAAAUUAAAAGGAAGAACAUAUUAUUAAAA